UUUUUUUUCUUCCCCCCCACCCCCCUUCCCUGCGCGCGUGCGCGCCGCGGCCGCGCCUGCGCAGUGUGGCCGGGUUAGCCGGGCAGGGUGACCCUGAGGGUGCGACUCCGCCGCGAUGGUGACCCGGUUCCUGGGCCCGCGCUACCGGGAGCUGGUCAAGAACUGGAUCCCGACGGCCUACAUGUGGGGCGCUGUGGGUGCCGUGGGGCUGGUGUGGGCCACCGAUUGGCGGCUGAUCCUGGACUGGGUACCUUACAUCAAUGGCAAGUUUAAGAAGGAUAAUUAAUUACACAAACCCUUCACAGACCCCUCUGGUGCCUGGUGGCGCCAGCUCCUCCCACCUCAGCGCCUGCUGCAUCUGGAGCAGCCCAAGCCUCAGGAUGGACAAGAGGAAAUCCACAGCUCAACUUCAGACUUCUUAAGUUUCUGAAAACAGCUUGGAUAUUUUAAUGCACGUUGCAUUAAACGUCACUGAAACCUG